AUGUCGCUAUGCAUUGUUGGUUCGGAGUCAUUGGAUGUCUUGGAGUCGAUGUUGAAGGCUUUGGAUUUCGGAGCCAUCGAGAACAAGGAUGCGGAACGAAAGGAAUGGUUGGAAAAUCCGUACGGUAAAGAGCAACUAGGCGAGGACACCUCAGAAGCGGUGCAGGGACGGACUAGAGAACCUCACUGUGAGAAUGAGUCAGUAUUCUCAAAACGACAGCCGGUUGCUGGAUUCGGCUUGUAG